AUGGUGGGCAUCUUCUCCGUGCUGAACACCAUCCAGUUCUUCAUCUUUGAGCUGAACCAGAUGACGCACAUCGGCUUCGAGGAUAAAUACAGCAUCUACUUGGACACAGAAUCCGAAGUGGCGUCCUGGGUCGUGGUCUACAGGCAUAACAUCAGCACAGGACUGUCCGUCGCCACCAUCACUAUCAGCUGCUUCUUCCUCUUCUGCCUCGACAAGAACAUGUUCAUCGGGCUGCUGAUCUAUACCGUCUGGAUCACCGUCUAUGAACUGCUCAGCUUCAUCAUGGUCCUGCUCAUCCACGGCACCAUCAAGGAGCAGUUCAAGGAGCUGAGCCAGCUGUACCUGCUCCUGCAGAUCUCCCGCAUGCUCCUGCACUUCGCCUCCCUGCCCUUCGUGGUCAAGCACGGCUACACGCUCUACAGGGACCCCAAGAUCAUGAGCUUAGCUGGCCGCCGCAAGCGCUCCUCCAUCAGCACCGUGGACUCAUGGCCCCCGGUCGGGCUGGGGUCAUUAUACCGCAAAACAAACUGA